AUGGGGAGCACUCUGUGUUGGUAUGGCUCCGCUAUACUGGCUUAUUAUGCAACAAUUUUCAAGCAGAAAGCUCACCAUGUUUUUCUACAACUAGCUGGUGGCGGCGCAUACUACUUCGCCAAACGUUCUAUAAACGCCGACAGAUUAACUAGAUUUGAUGCUACUCAAAAGCGCAAGGAUGAAUUGGCCAAAGCUGAAGCUUCGGCGAGGGCUGCAGCUGAACAGUCAAAGGCGGCUAGUGCACGGGUAGAGCGGUUAAAUAGUGGACCACAAAAGGACGAUGCAUAUAGCCCCAGCGAGGAAUUGGGACAUGACCCAGCUCCUACAAGACAUGAACCGGAUACCGAUGCGCAGCGCCUAGCAGAGAAAGGGAAAUACGAAGCCGCUGAAGUAUUCAGAUCGAAGAAGGGUAACCGCUUCAGUUAA